CACACCUAUUGACCCCUGUGAGUUUACCUCAUCAAACUUGAUGACCCACCGAGGAUGGAAAAGAAAUGAAGCUGUAAAAAAAUCACGUCCUUUAUUCUCCGUCCAUCACAGCUUCCCCAGCUGUCCCUCGGGACUUCUGUGCUUUGCGUCUCGAUAGUUGUCCGGUUUCCAAAGCGCUAUCUGUGCUCACAUUGACGUCAAAGGAGCGGGCAGGACGUAUAAAACCCUCCGGUCCCCUCCAGUCUCCGCUCACAGGGACUUUUCAGACUCUGCUGAAUCUCACCGGCCGACCGCAAAGUCCAGCUGCAGCAUCUGGAGACAGUAAAGACAUGAAGCCAGUCUCCCUUCUCCUGCUGCUCUCCUCGGUCCUCCUCUCAUCACACCUCCGUCCAGCCGCCGGCAGACCGCGCACCUUCCCUGGCUGGAUGGAUGGCAGCGGUCGCCUCCAAACGCAGCAACUGGACGAGGUGCUCCUCAGAGCGGCUGCCGCUGGGGACAACACCGCCUCCGAUCUACUGGGCGAAAACAUCAUGAGGUUUCUCCAGAGGAGGAACCCGGAUCGUCUCCACCUGCUCCCGCCAGAAGAAGACAGCGAGGAGGCGGAGGAAGCGGCGAUGAGGACCGCGGCGCAGCUGCUGAAACGCAGCGAAGAGCCGCCGCUCUCCAUCGACCUGACCUUCCACCUGCUGAGGAAUAUGAUCCAGAUGGCCAAGAUGGAGAGCCAGAGAGAGCAGGCUCAGCUCAACCGCAAAGUGCUCGACGAGGUGGGGAAGUAAAUCUCUGCUUCUUUUUGAAAAUGCCUCCUUAAAAGAGCCCAGAAGCUGUAUCAAUAUUCCAGACCUCUGACAUUAGUUUCUGUUCGUGCGCCUGCCUUCCUCUCCACAUCAUUUUACGCACAGUUGGUGCCAUUUUACGCAUCACAGCAGCUGUCAUUAAAAUGUAAAAUGUUUUAAGUGUUAUUUAAAGACAUUGUUGGAAGAUAUGGAAAAGGACCUCUCAGACCCCCUCUCAUCUUCAAACACACACAAUCCUCUUAAUCUCUGGACUUGUGGUGGACUCGUGGCAAAAAGGGAAAACCCUUGGAUAUCAAGUCGUUUUCACUCUUUGAAGUAUUGGAUGUGGUUUGACUUGGAAAUCAACACUUCUUUAUGAAUUUAUGUCUAAAAUAAGUUGUUUAAGCAGUUUGUGUGUAUGUGUUGUAAGCUUAAUGUUUUCAGAAAGACUAAGCUGACCUGGAAAUCUAUGAACCCACUGAGAAGUGCUUUAGUUUGACCUUUGAAUGCUGUAGAUCUGACAGAUUAAAAGAAAGAGUUUAUGGUUGCCAGCAGCCACAAAUUUUCAAAAUGUGUAUUUAUUUAUUUUUAGUUAAGUUACAUUAAAUAAAUAAAGUAAUACAAAUGCAUACUCUAACAAUUAAAGCCAGAUUCAUUUAGAUUAUUUUAAGCAAACUACAUGUUUGUACAGAGCUGUAGAAAAUGUAUCUGCUUGCCCAAAGUUAAAUUUCUGUUACUGUUGAGAACCAGAGGACAAAUUUUCAAACUUAUUUUCUGUCAGCCCAACUCGCUUGAUCAAGCUCAAUGGACAGAUGGUUUUUGCCUUUUACAUUCAUUUCCCCCCCUUUCUGUCAUUUUUCUUUGAGCGGGAGCACUAUCACCUGUACUGUAUCUACUGUAGCAUGGUAACCUACAAAAAACAGAAAAAGGAAAAAAAAAAUGCUUAAUUUUACUGUAAACAUUCAUGUCUGACACCAGUCUCUUUGUUUUAGCAAAUGAAAA